AUAAUCAAACAAACAACCAAACAGAGAAGAAGAUGAUUUCAGUUACCAGAGACUGUGAUGAUGUCCAUGUCAGGGGAAACAGACCGAAGGAAAUCCAUGAACACCUCUAAAGACCAAGCAGCCGUCGGUGGUGGCCAUGGGGAAUUGGGGAAGGAGUAUUCGCUACCCCUCUCAUAAAUUACCCCCGUUGCUACUCCUCGAUCCCAGGAGGACAAAUGAACAAAAAAAAAAAAAAAAACGAGCCUCCCAAUCCCUGAUGCACCAUCUUCAGAGCAAAAACAGGAACUGAAACGACAUACAUGAUUCUCCUAAGAUUAAUCGAAUUACCUGGAAUCCUUUGCAUUGGUGGAGAAAUUUGCUGAACAACUAUACUUGGUUUUGAGAUUCCAAUAGGGACGACUGCAAAAUGAAGCGGACGGGGCUGAGGGAGUCGAAUCUCUUCUGACUUGUGAUAAUCGGGUACUUUGGCGGCUCCACGCAAGUCGGCGACGCCGGACAAGUCGCCGGGUGAUGGAAUCGACGGCGGAUAAGCCACGGGGGGUGUUUUUGUCGCGGCCACCAACGAGGGAGAUCGAUGAAGCUUCUGGUUCGUUUGGUGUCGAUCACCGUAUUUUGUUUUCUUAUUUUUCAGUUACAUGAUUUUUAAUUUAAUUAAUUAAAUAUAAAAUAAAAACAAAGCAUCCAACGAGAAGUCCCUUUUCCGUUACUUUGGGACACACCGUUCAAAUCAUUUCUAACGGGCCACCUCGGUUUGGUUGAGAUUAUUUAAACAAUCCAAUGCCACAUCACAACCAUAUGGACCAAUGAAAAGCUGCGGCACCGUAGUAUUGGCAUCAUUCUUAAGGGUGCUUCCUCUGGGCCAACGAAGUGGGCCCAUGUAACUAGUUUAUUGCCCAGCCUAGCUGGAAUUUAAGGAAAGGGAUGCGAGAUCAGUCCCACGAGAAGGAAGUGGGUAAAUCUGAUAUGGCAAGCGAUUGGACGAGGUGAUUUGAUUUAGGCCCAUGAGGAGGAAGGGCCGAAGAGGCGGUUGGUUAACUGACUAAGUGCUGGGCCGCGAAGCAGGGACUUCUGCGCAAUUUUGGACGAGAUAAGGGACUGUUUGGGAGUUCUCCCUAAUAAAGUCGUUACGCGGAAACCCGAGCAUGGUCCCCACCGAAGAGCACUUAUCAAGACAAGUCAGCUUACUUACUUAUCACUGCAUUGAUCAUAUCGCGUGCAGCAGCACAGAUAUAAAUACCCAAAUUUCCAUCACUCCUCUCCACCACAGUAGAGCGAGAGAGAGAGAGUGCUAGUCGUAGAAAGUAAAACUUAAGGAGCAGAGCCAAGAGAGCAAGACUGGGUGGGCGCUUUCGUUUCUUGGUUCCGAAGUAGAAAUCGACUCGGAAAUCACAGACUUCUUCAAUUCUUGGCUCCCUUCAUCAGCGCAAAGUCAUCGAUAAUCAGGUAACGAAACCACAUUCCUUUUCCUUUGCUUGCGUCUCUGGCGCGCCUCCUCCGGUGAUCGGAAUUCAGUUGCUUACUGUUAUCGCUCUGACUGAACGCAACUGUGCGACUUAUUUCCGUUCAUCUAUUCACGCCGGGCGUUGGACGAUUGAUUUCUGUUCUCUGGACUUCUCGUCUUCCCGGACGAUGAAAAAAGAAGAAGAAAAAUAGUAUAGAGAAUUGGACGAUCGGAUGGUUAGUGUAAUGAAUUCUGCUCUAGACUGAUGGUUUCUCAUCUGAAUUUUAGGGUCUCAUUUGGGGAAGAUGACGAUUCUCCAUAAAGAGCUGGUCUUCUUGAUACUGCAGUUCCUUGAAGAAGAAGGUUUUAAAGAGGCUGCUCGAGAGCUUGAGCGGAAUAGCGGUUAUUUCUUCAAUAUGGAGCAUUUUGAGGAAUUGGUUCUGAAGGGGGACUGGGUUGGGGCUGAGAAGUAUCUUUCUGGGUUCACUAAGUUCGACGAUAAUAAGUACUCGACCAAGAUCUAUUUCGAAAUGAGGAAGCAUAAUUACCUUGAGGCGUUAGAUAACAAUGAUAGAACCAAGGCAAUAGACAUCCUUGACAAUGAUUUGAAAGUUUUUUCCUUGGAUAACAAGGACCUGUUCAACGAGAUGACACAGCUAUUAACCUUGAACAACAUAAGGGAACAUGAAUCCCUCUCAACGUAUGGUGAUACAGAAACUGCAAGAACAAUUGUGGUGCAACAACUCAAGAAAAUCAUCAGGGCGAAUCCCAUUUUUCAUGGAAAAGUGGAUUUUCCCUGCAUCAAAACUCAAAGGUUACGUAGUCUUCUAAAUCAAAGCUUGAAUUGGCAGCAUUUACAAUGUCAAAAUCCUCAGCCAAAUCCUGAUAUGAGAACCCUUUUUGUGGAUCAUGUUUGUACACCUCCGCAUGAGCAUAUACCUUUCUUGUUGAAUGCUGUUAAUCCACAGUGUACAUCUGCUAGUGUGACAUCAACAGUAACUAACUCUGGGAUCUCUGGCUCCACCCUUUAUCCUGUGGCCACCACAGAUCAUAUUGAGGAGACUGACUUUGCAUCCAAAAGACCUUUAUCUCAGAUAGCUGAUAAGAUGACUAUGAAGGAUUUGCAGGAGACACAAAGCGUUACUCCCUCUGGUCAAGGUUCUCUAGUUCCUCUUGUUGAUUUGUGUGAGAUUCAUAUGGGGAACACUGUUCUUGGGAGUCAACAACGGACAAACAUCAUUGACUUACCAAAGAAGGUCGUGAAAAUAUUGACCGAGGACUCUUCUCAAACAAGCAUGGAAUUCCAUCCAGUUCAGCAUACCCUUUUAUUAGUCGGAACUAGCACGGGAUACAUAGGUUUGUGGGAGGUCGCUUCUGGUGAAAAGUUGUUUGGAUGGAAUUUCAAGGUUUGGAAUAUAGGUGCAUGCACAAUGGUGUUCAAGACUGCUCUGCUUAAAGAUCCGCAACUUUCUGUCAACCGCACUGCUUGGAGUCCGGAUGGUUCCAUUUUUGGGGUUGCAUAUUCGAAACACAUAGUCCAGAUGUAUGCUUACUAUGGUGGCAAUGACGUACGUCAGCAAUUAGAAAUUGAUGCACAUGUUGGUAGUGUCAAUGACCUUGCAUUUGCUGCCCCUCAUAAACAACUUUUAGUCAUAACAUGUGGUGACGACGGAAGAAUUCAGGCAUGGGACAUGGCCACUGGUGGUAGAAUUUAUAGUUUUGAAGGCCAUCAUGCAUCAGUUUAUUCACUCUGCCCCCGCACCAAGAACAACACUCAUUUCUUCUUUUCCACUUCAGUGGAUGGAAACAUAAAAGCAUGGCUCUAUGACGAUUUGGGACCUAGAGUUAAUUACAAUGCUCCUGGCCGAGCCUGUACAUCAAUGGCUUACACUACUGAUGGCCAAAGGCUUCUUUCUUGUGGAACCAGUAAUUCGGGAGAGUCAUUCCUUGUUGAAUGGGAUGAAAGAGAAGGAGCUAUAAAAAGAAGCUACCGAGGAUUGCAGAAGAGUUCUGUGGGUGCAGUUAAGUUUGAUAUAAUGAAGAACCAGUUUGUUGCUGCUGGGAACGAAAACGUAAUCAAGGUUUGGAAUUUGGACAGCGAUGAUCUUUUGACAACUAUUGAUGCAGAGGGAGGCUUGCCUGAAAAUCCACAAAUCCGAUUCAGUAAGGAUGGAAUCCUGUUGGCUGUUUGCGCAAAAGAAAACAAAAUCAAGGUCUUGGCAAGUGAUAGUGGUCUUCAGUUGCUUGGUAUUUGUGGAAGUGAUUCUGACGAGUCUUCCAGAGUGGUUGGGGAGAAAGGAGACACAGAAGGCAGGGAGGCUUUGAAUUCCAAACUUAUCGAGGAAGCUAAUGUAGGAAAGAGUAGGAAACCUUUUGAAUCUUACAGACAUACUCAAUGCCAAAGCUUGUUGCUCCCUUCUAAUGUGAAAGUAGAGAAGAUAUCAAGGUUGAUUUACGGGAGUGCAGGUAAUGCUGCUUUGGCAUUAGCAUCAAAUGGAAUCCAUUUGUUAUGGAAAUGGCCAGUUAAUGAUCUCAAUUUGACUGGGCAGGUAACUGCUAAAGUUCCUCCUGAACUACUGAAACGAAGGAACUCCUCAACAACACUGAUGAAAAACGACCUUACUGCAAAUACUGAGGCAGUCCCAUGUUUUGCUUUGUCAAAGAAUGAUUGCUAUCUCAUAUCAUCAUCAGGAGCGAAAAUUUCCAUUUUCAACACGUUGACAUUCAAGACUGUUGUGUCUUUCAUGCCUCCAUCCUCAGCAGCUACAUGUCUUGCUUUCCACCCCAUAGAUAACAAUAUUGUUGCCAUAGGGAGCGCUGAUUUCACAGUUCUUGUCCACAAUGUCCGUUUGAACGAGACUAUUAGUGUACUCGAUGGUCAUACUGGAAGGAUAUCCGGACUUGCCUUCUCAAACACUCUGAACGUACUGGUAUCUACUGGAGCAGAUGCUCAGAUUAUUGUAUGGGAUGCUGCAAACUUCGAAAGACAAAGAAGCAGAAGAUUACUAGAGAUUCCAGAAGGAUUACAUCAGUCAGAUACCUAUGUCCAGUUUCACCCAGACCAGACACAACUCCUUGCAGUACACAAGUCCUAUAUGGGAAUCCUGGUGGCCAACAACUUAGAAUGUGUUGCAAAGUGGAUUCCUGGAGAUUCGCCACCAAUAUCCGGGGCAACAUUUUCGUGUGACGGCCAGAAAAUAUAUGCUGCCUUUAUGGAUGGGACCGUGGGCAUAUUUGCUUCGUCGCCGCUCGAAUUCUUCUGUUGGAUCUCGCUUCACAGUUAUCUUCCUUCUAGUUCAAGCUUGAAUGUCUACCCUGCCGCCAUUGCAGCUCACCCGCAAAAGCCGAACCAGUUUGCAGUGGGAUUAACAGGUGGGGAAGUCGUGGUGAUUGAGCCUCCAAGUCCUGGUACUGAAUGGUAGGUGGAUUGAUUCAGACGAUGCGCUUUGAGAAAGAAGCCGACUGCAUUGGCUCUUGAAAUGAAGAGCGUAGAACUCGUCUGUUCAUGUGUUAGUAAGACAAGAGAGCAGUUAUAUGGGCUAUUUGGCUGCUAAGCAUAACCAGGUGCCUGGAGGGUGGUGAUCUGCACGUUGUAACCAGAUCUUGUGGUCAUUUUGGUCCCAACUUCCUUCAUUUGCUUAGGCGGAAUUUUCUGUAUGUUUGAUUUUCUUCUUUUUCUGUUGUAAAUGAGGUGGAAGAGUUCAUUUAACAUAGAGAUCAGAUCACCAUAAAGGUGAGGGUUAUAG